AUGUCAACCAAGCCCAAGCUCAAUCGAAAAUUUCAAGCAUUGCGUGCUUUGAAACCAGAACGCGAAGAAAAUGCCCGCCACGAAGAGAGCGGUGUGAAAAAAGAAAUGUUGGUGGAUACGACGCCCUACAACACAUCCAUGUCCAAGCUUGACUCGGAGUCACGCACGGAUUUGUAUUCCCUUGUGAAUGAUCGAUACCCAGGUGCUCCGGGCACGGCCUUGGCCAAAGCUGAAGAUGCAGAAUACCGCGCGCGCCAAGCAAAGAAACGCGAAGAGACGAGGCGCAAAGCUGCCAAUGCCGAGUUGGAGCACCUAGGCGUGAAAAAUCUGGCCAAACGGCGCAAGAGCUCCAGUCCUUAUGCGAAUGGGUCCAGUGCAGCCAACAGUGAUGCAGGAAGCCCGCAAGCCAGCGAUGGUGAAGACAAAGCUGUAUCGACGAGUCGUAGCGGGUCGCGAAGUCGCCGUGUCUCUUCCCGAAACAGUUCGCCUAUGCCGCUCACAGAAACCACCAACGAGGCUGCACCACGAUGGCCAUCGCAUUUGCCUCAUGUUGUUACCAAUGCACCUGUACGACCUAGUCCUUUGGCUACACAUGCUAUUGCUGCCAAUGAUAUGACCGGGUAA